UCUGGGAAAAAGUGAUGACGUAGCGUUUGCAUGAAGACACUUUUACCAUGUUUUGAUAAAACCGUAUAAAUCGUUUGUGAAAAAGAAUGGAAGAGGAGCUUUUGUUCAGCCUAGGAUAUUUUAUUGUAGCUGUUUGUCUUGUUGUUCCACCCAAGGAGAUUGCAAGUCUAGGUCUGACUGUACAGAACCUAUUCUCACCUUACCUUGGCGUUGAAGAUCUUCAUUUUAUUCCGUUCCAUUUGAAGAGAACAUCCGUCACGAUACUCGUUCAUUCAUUGCUACCUCUUGGUUAUUACAUUUUCUUGGGUUUAGCAUCGCCUGAGCUUCAAUUGUUCAAUCUACAGGAGAGACAUGGAUUAAGACUUAUUGCUCCAGUUUUCUUGCUUCUCUCUCUAACUGUGUUUAUUUCUGCUGUGUUGAUCAUUCUAUAUUGGUCACGAAAUAACUGGAAAAAUCAUCCCUUAGUAAACACCCUUCGUCAUCAUGGUAGCCCUUGGAUUGAUGUUGCUGCCAGAAUAAACAUUGAAUUCCGUCGUAUUGAUAAAUUUUCAAGUCACAUUGGUGGAACAAGCAUCUACAUUACUGAUGCAUGGAUUAUAAAAUGUUCUGCAUACAAAGUGGACAUUGCUCACAAGCCUGAUGUUCAUUUGAAUAUUUUAAAAGCAGAAAACCAUGAGAUAUCGAUUGAAACAAACAGUUCUGUGCAGUUCCUUAAUAUCCAAGUCUCAAGUAUAAACUUAGCUGUGAAAUCCUUUACCAUAAGGCUAAAUUCAUUGGAUUACUCUGAGCUAAAAGAAAAGAUUCAGGCGCCUAUAGUGAAUGCAAGAAAUGUUGUCAUACGCCAGUCGCUCAGCGAUCAGUUUGUGAAUGCAUUUAAAGAACAAGUUGAACAAAAUCAAAGAUAUCAUAUUGAUCGAAGUACAGAGGUUCCCGAGUCGUGCAUCGGGUGUAUGCAACGGGAGUCGAACAUCAAACUUCAAAAACUGUGCGCAUCGUCAGAUGUCGGCACUUGCAUACAGUGUUUUUGUCGGCCGAUGUGGUGUUUAGAUUGCAUGGGAAAAUGGUUUGCAAGUCGCCAAGAUCAGAGUACGCCAGGAACCUGGAUGUCCAGCACGUCACCUUGCCCCACGUGUAGAGCCACAUUUUGUGUUCUCGACGUUAGUUUAAUAACUUAGACAAGACUAUGACUAUGCUCCUACUUUAACACGCCAAUGACACUAUAUUUACACUAUACAAAACGGCUCAAGUAUGCAUCUAAAAGACGAGCAUCUAUAGACGAACUUAAUUGUGCCAGGAUAGUCAAAGUAAUUUAAAUUUGAAAUGGUAAUUUUUCAUUCAGAAUAGCAGUGGAUGUUGUAUGUUUAUACUAUAUUAAAUCUGUUUGUGAACGCAUAUUUGAAGUU